AUGAAUCAGCAGGAUGGAGAGCAGAGCAAUCUGGCUCAUUCCCUGUUCGAAACUUUUCUCCAUGCCAAGCAGAACAAAGAGGUGCUGAACAGCUUUGAGGCUCUGUGCAAACAUCUGGGCCUGGAGCAUACUGGCCAGCUCCAGUUCUACCACAAGCUCAAGUCUUGCCUCAAUUACUGGAAUGCCAAAGCUCUGUGGGUCAAGCUGGACAAGAAAGCCAGUCACAGAGACUAUGAUCAGGGGAAGGCAUGUGCCAACACCAAGUGCCUGAUAAUUGGGGCAGGCCCCUGUGGUCUCCGCACAGCCAUUGAGCUGGCCUUCCUUGGAGCCCAUGUGGUGAUAGUAGAGAAGAGAGAUGCCUUUUCCCGGAACAAUGUGCUGCACCUCUGGCCUUUCACCAUCCAUGACUUGCGGGCGUUGGGGGCCAAAAAAUUCUAUGGUCACUUCUGCACAGGUUCCUUGGAUCACAUCAGUAUUCGUCAGCUGCAGCUGAUCUUGCUGAAAGUAGCCUUAAUCUUGGGUGUGCAGAUUCAUAACAAAGUGCAGUUUAAGGGGCUCAUUCCACCUGCAGCGAUGUCAGAUGGACAGGUUGGUGGCUGGAGGGCUGUGCUGCAUCCCUGCUUCUCCCCCCUGAGCCAGUAUAAAUUUGAUGUCCUCAUCUCCGCAGGCGGAGGCAGGUUUGUUCCAGAAGGUUUUAAGCGGAAGGAGACCCGUGGGAAACUGGCCAUUGGCAUCACUGCCAACUUUGUUAAUCAUCACAGCAGGGCUGAGGUGGAGGUGGCUGAGAUCAGUGGAGUGGCUCGCAUCUACAACCAGCAGUUCUUCCAAAACCUCUAUAACAAAACAGGUAUUGACUUGGAAAAUAUUGUCUAUUAUAAAGAUGACACUCACUACUUCGUCAUGACAGCCAAGAAGCAGAGCUUGCUGAAGAAAGGAGUCAUCUUAAAUGACAUGCUGGAUAUAGAGAGCCUGCUGUCUCCAGACAAUGUGAACCAGGAAGCUCUUCUAGCAUAUGCCAAGGAAGCUGCCAACUUUUCUACCAGUUACCAGCUGCCCAACUUGCAGUUUGCACUGAACCAUCACAGCCAGCCAGAUGUUGACAUGUUUGACUUCACCUGCAUGAGCCGCUCGGAGAAUGCAGCACUAGUACGUGGCUGCCAUGGUACCAAGCUGCUCAUUGGGCUGGUGGGGGACUGCCUAGUGGAGCCAUUCUGGCCAUUGGGUACCGGUGUGGGCAGAGGGUUCCUGGCAGCCUUUGAUGCUGCCUGGAUGGUAAAGAGAUGGGCUUCAGGGACACCCCCUCUGGAUGUGCUGGCUGAGAGAGAGAGUGUGUCCCAGCGGCUGUCACAGACUUCCCCAGACAGCACCAACAAGAACAUCAGUCAGUACAGCAUUGAUCCCACCACGCGAUACCCAAACAUCAACCUUCAAGCCAUCAAAGCUUCUCAGGUUCGCCAUCUGUAUGUGACAGGAGCAAUUGAAGAGGACCAGAAGAGCAGUUGGGCUAGUCCAGAGGCAAUCUGCACAGACUCUAACAGAGCCUAUGAGGAACUCCUUAGCUGGUGUCAAACUAACACAGCAAAUUACCCUGACAUCAAAGUACUGGACUUCACACACUCAUGGAAGAGUGGCCUGGCCCUCUGUGCCCUCAUUCAUCACUUUCGACCUGACCUUCUAGACUUCAACUCCCUUGUCCAGAAUGAUCCCAUUGGGAACAACCAGAUAGCCCUAGAUGUGGCCGAGCAAGAGCUUGGGAUCCCUCCAGUCCUUUCCAGUCCUGAAAUGGCUUCAAUGUCUGAGACUGACCGACUUGGCUUGAUCACUUACCUAAGUCAGUUUUAUGAUGCCUUCAAGACCUCUCCAGAAAUGGAGGAGGAAGCUGCAAAGCCUCUGUCGUCACGUGGCACCAAGGGAGCUAUCCUCUUCCUCAGCAAGCUCCAGAAAAGUCUCUCUCUCUCACGUAAACGAACCCUGGACAGCAACAUGGUGGAGUCAGAAACUAAAAGGACGAAGCAAGAAGCUGGGAGUCCCCCACUCUCUCCAGGGAGAAGCAGUGAUGCCUGCUACAUCUGUGGUGAACAUGUGUAUAUCGUAGAGCGAGUCAGUGCUGAGGGGCGUUUCUUCCAUCGUGGUUGUUUCAAGUGCCACCACUGUAAAACGACACUGCGGUUGGGUGACUAUGUCCUCAACGAGGAUGAUGGUAAUUUCUACUGCAUGCUGCACUGUGCUGCCCCCACAAGUAUGGCUGUACCUGACAGGAGAGUCAUUAUGAAAGCAGCAUGCAAGGAUUCCACCCAGCUCUACAUUCCUUCAGACAAAGGCAUGAUGGACUUCACCGCUGAGGAGACCAGAAUAGAGACCGAUGCACAUCAUCAAAGCCUGGAUGAGAACCUCUCUUCCUUCACAGAUCUGUCAGCAGAGCAACCUGCAGAACUUCAAAUAUUAUCCCACGAAGAUGCCAACUUAUUCCCAUCCAGAGAAAAUGGAGGUGCCAGUACCACAAACUCAUCGCAGUUUCCACCUCACCAACAUUCUGCUGUGAGAGAUGUUGAGUUGGGAAGUCCUGUUUCUGAAGACCACUUAAUUUCACAGCUUGUGAAUAAAGACACAACGGAGGGCAGGGCCCAUCCUAAGAAUCUGGGACAUGGCCUAAGAAACUGGACUUACAGCCUGUCCCAGGAGGAGGCUCUUGGGAACCUAGAAAUAGGAAUGCAAGGAGCUCGAGUGGAGCUUCCACAUCCUAGAGAGGACCCCAAACUAGAAAAGGAGGAAAGUGAAGAUUUCCAGAGAAGGCGGAUUUGCCUGUCCACCCAGGAAAAGCUUGAAUUAUCCAGACUGAGUCCAAUUUCAACCUCAUUUAAUUUUCCAGAUAUGAACCAGAUUUGGACAGAGGACUCCAGCUUCAGCAAGGACUCAGAUUCUUUGGAGACUGAUAGUGACAGUGAAGAGGAACAAGUGGAAGAUGAAGAGGAGGAGAGCCAAGAUCUUUGUGCAAAGACAUGUUCCUUGAGUGUGAUUGAAGAAGAAAAACACGCAACCUGGAAAAAGACAUUGAUGCGACGAGCCAAAGAGGCUGAGAUGAAAAGAUUUUGCAAAGCCCAGUCAAUCCAGAGGCGACUAGAAGAGAUUGAAGUGACUUUCCGAGAGCUGGAAAAACAGGGAAUAAAACUGGAGCGAUCCCUUCGUGAAGAAGGAGGAACAGAGUCUGAACUGAAGAGGCUAUGGAUGAACCAGUUACUUUCCCUCGUCCAAAAGAAGAACAGUCUGAUGUCUGAGGAGUCUGAUCUUAUGAUUGUGGUACAAGAACUGAAGCUAGAGGAACAGCAGAGUCAGCUGGAUCAAGAACUUCGGCAAUACUACAACAGGGAAGAGUCAUUGAAAACCCCAGAGGACCAGCUGGCAGAAAAAAAGAUCCUCUCCCAGUUGCUGGAGGUUGUGAAUCAGCGGAGUGCUCUGAUCGAGAUGCAAGAGAAUAAACGCCUCAACGAGCUCAGUGAGGAAGUUCCAAAGAUGUAGCACAUGUGGAAGGUUUGAGGGCUACUCGGUCUGAAGCCUGCCAACCCUGCAGGCCUUGGUCCACGUUAGUAUGGGCAAGUGAACUGAACUUGAGCAAGAUCUCCUGAAGACAGCCCAGUGACAUCUUCUCCAGGGGUAUGCGACUCAAAGCGGAGGUGACAACCAUGUACUAUAUGUGGAACAGUAGAACUUUUGGACAGUGCAGCCAUUACAUUCAAUAACCACAGCCCAGAUCACCUCAGGAGGGUCUUGCCUGGAGAAGGACCCAAGUACCACAGCUGGAACUUUAGCAGGUAAUCUGGCCCCCUACUGCUGCCAUGAGUUAGUGCUUGGUAAACUCCUCCCAGAAUGGAGCAAGCCUAACCGUGACCCUCCUCCAGC